AGGCACCGCGCCGGUAGAUGGCACGUGCACUUUCUUCCAAGUCAUAAGUUUCCAAAAUGGCGUCGUGUUUGUGAAGCUUCAUGAUCCGUAACCUGUGCUACCAUUAAAUAAACCUAAGAUGGAUAAGAAGAAAAAACAAUAUAAUGUCACAGCUUCGUCGCUGGUGGAUUUGAAAGCAGAGCUUUACAGGAAGCAGGAAGUGUUCAAGCAGGAGAAACUUACUCAGGAUUCAGGCUCUACCUCCAGAUCUCACAACCACACAAAGAAGCCCAGUGUAUGGAGUAAACAGAACCAAGGCGUGGCCGCACGUGCUCAGAAGGAUGUCGAGAAAACGGCAGAGGAGGAGCAAAACUUGGACAAAUCGAGGCAGAAGCUGGAGGAGAAAGCACGCCUCUACGAACAGAUGACUAAAGGGGAUUUUCCAGACGAGGAGACGGAAAGUCUGUACCUGGUGGAUUUCACACAGAAGAUAAUCGAGCAGAAGAGAGCGACUGGAAGUGGAGACAGAGAUGGAGAAGGAUCAGACCUGCAUGUUCCCAUCCCACCUCCACAGAGCACUGAUGAGGAAUGGGUGGACUAUGUUGAUGCCCUUGGACGAUCAAGGAAGUGUUUAAGAAAAGAUUUACCCCAGUUUCAGAAAAUGGACCAAGAUUUACAGGGCAAAAGAGUGGUCGGAGCUGAUAGGACAUUGUUGUCUGAAGACAUGAGGCGAGAGAUGCAGAGAGAGCAGUGGGAGCGGGAGGAAGAGGAGCAGAUGAAGAGACCCGUAGGACCCAUUCACUACGAGAACAUCCGAGAUCAAGAGGCCAGAGAGCUGGGUGUUGGCUAUUUCGCUUUUUCUCAGGAUGAAGAGCAGCGCAAAAAGCAGCAGGAAACGCUGGAUAUGUUGAGAUCCCAGACUGCAGAGCAGCGCACAAAGCGUGAGCAUCUGAAGGAGAAGCGGAAAGCCAUGCUCGAGGCCCGACUGGCUAAAGUGAAAAUGAGGAAGAUGAAGAAAAGCAAACUGGAGCCUGGAGCUGAGGAGGAAGAAGCUCCUGCGCCUGACGGAGCUGUUAAAGAGGACAAGGACGAUCCUGAACUCCUGAUCGGACCUCCGGCUCCUCCUGAAGCCGCCACCAAAAAGGUGGAGGUUGAGAUUCAAGAGAGAAAAGACUCGAAGCCAGGAGUGCCGUAUGUCAGAGAGUGGGACAGAGGAAAAGAGUUCACCUGGGGUCAGUGGACGACUCAGAGACGGGAGGAGAGGGAUUCGGAGUUUGCCCCGCCCUCUUCAUACUUCGGAGACGAGAGACGAGUCGGUCAAGGCAAGGUUACGAAAGAAGGGCGGGGCAAAUCGAAGCCCGCUUUCAAAUGGUCUGAGGAGCACAGGGGAUCAGAUCCGGACGAAACGGAAAGACAGACUCACAGCACGCACACAUCUUUCACAAACCAGGCCUCGUUCUCACAGCCUCAGCAAACAACACAUGCACCGUCUGCGCAGACACACGAUCUGGACGCUCUUUUAUCCUUCUACAAAAACUCUGUUUAAGCUUUAAACCCAGUCGAGUUUCAUUUCUUCAAGUCACAUUUAGUCAACUCCACCUUUGUAAAAAAUUAGGAGAAAGACUGAAUGAAUAGUUUUCAUUCUAUUUUAGCAGAUCUCUACAAGUUCAGAUGUUCUUAGACUUGGACCUCACUUGUCAGGUUAAAAUAUAAAUAAGCAGCUUAACUAAUGUGUUUAUGAUCAUUUUGGAGUCCAGAAUGUCUGAAUAAAAAACAUCUCUUUGAUUUUACAUGUUUAUUACUAAAGACAAGUUAAGAGAUCUUCAAACCCUCUUGCUUCAGUGUUUCCUCCUAAGCCAUGCUCGAAGUGUCCGGUUCCUCCCACGGUUCCUCUUGUGUCAUUUUCAGUGGUGUUUGUUCUUGUGAUUUGUUCAUUAUGGAUCUAAAUCCAUAUCUGUAUUCCUCUAAAGCUACUUUACGACAAUGUGGGUUAUUUGUUAUACAAAGAAAAUGAAUCAAAGGUCUUUGGAUCGAGGAUCCGUGUACAAGCUGUGUAGAGUGAGUAAUAGAAUGUCGUCAUAAGUACAUGCAGCAGAAAUGAUAUUUCUGGGCUAAAUAACUGCUACAGGGUGAGAAGCGUGCUCUAGGAAAAAAUAGAAACUGAAUGAACAAAUAAAUGGAGCAGGACAUGAAUAUGAACAUUGGUGAUGAUUAGUAACAAACCACAAACCUACUGCAUUAACAUAGUGACCUUAAUUUGAAAUAAAUAAAUGAGCUAACAUUGA